UUCGGUCAUGACUUUUACAUGAUCCUCUAUUUCCAGCUGGGAGCUGACUAGCAUGGAUAUCCGGAGGACCGCGCAGGGUAGAUUACAGCAUGUAAAUUCCUUCGUGGUUCCAACUAAGAAUGCUCAGUCAUUGCCAAAGACAUAGAGACACCACUGUACGUAGCUAUGAUUGGCUUCUACAGUGGUGGUCUAUACUUUACAGACUACCUAAUAUACAGUAUUCAUUGUGAGAGGCACCGGAGCCGUGGACGCUCCGCAUGGGCUGAGCAGGCGAUCUCAGCCGGGGGGGGGGGGGGGUGUUGCUACACGCGCAAUCCUACGUACAUGGCCUGACCCAGUCACCCAGUCCUUGGAGAACCAGGGCAGAGACCAACCAAAGUCCCGGAAUUUACGCAUGAUUUUCAUUCUUCGCUCCGGUGGAGUCUCGGAUCGUGAUCGGCUCGCCAGUGGCCUUACCCUGUCAUGCUCAGUUGGCCGCCCGGUGAUUGGUCGAACGAACAACUAUGUAAUCGGUUAUCGCCAUUGCAAACCAGGCAAACCCGCCCAUUUUCCCCCUGAUUUCUCCAAACGGGUCUCGCCACUUCGGGAAUGGCCCGUCCUGUUCGCCGAACGAAUAAUUAAUUAUCUGCACCUUUCCCUCAAAACUCCCCUUUCCUCUUCUCCAUUCUCGACAAAACAAGUCUACCACUUUUCCUUUCGCCUUACGUCAAGGCCACUCAAUCCCUUUUUUCCUCCUUCAUUUUCUUUCUUCUCUCUCUUCCCAGCUCCGCCUGGUGAACAAACACUAUGAACUCGACCGUGCUAUCGUCGGCCACCUACUGGGGUCAAUUCGAGGAGAUCGGCAAAUACAAUGCCAACCUAAACGUUGCCGAGCGGCUCUGGGCCGCCUGGUACGCGUGGAUGCAGAACGAUGUCCUGGCCACCGGUAUCAUGUCCUUCAUGAUGCACGAGCUGGUUUACUUUGGCCGCUCGUUGCCAUGGAUCUUUAUCGAUAGUCUGGGCCUCUUCAAGGGCUACAAGAUUCAGAGCAGCAAGAUCCCCUCCUUGCGCGAACAGUGGGAUUGCGCCAAGUUUGUGCUUCUAAGUCACUUCACUGUGGAACUACCUCAGAUCUGGCUCUUCCAUCCUAUGGCUCAAUUUUUCGGCCUCUCGACUUCGGUUCCUUUCCCUUCCCUGUGGACCAUGGCGUAUCAGAUCGCGAUCUUCUUUGUGAUGGAAGACACCUGGCACUACUUUUCCCACCGUGCCCUACAUUGGGGUCCUCUUUACAAGGCCAUCCACAAGAUUCAUCAUCAAUACUCGGCACCUUUCGGUCUGGCCGCGGAAUACGCAUCCCCAAUCGAAGUCAUGAUCCUUGGUUUCGGCAGCGUCGGCUGCCCAAUUGCCUGGUGUGCUUUCACCGGCGACUUACAUAUUCUCACUAUGUAUAUCUGGAUUGUCUUGCGUUUGUUCCAGGCCAUAGACGCGCACAGUGGCUACGAAUUUCCCUGGAGCCUCCACCACUUCCUGCCUUUCUGGGCCGGUGCUGACCACCAUGACCUCCAUCACGAGAAGUUCAUUGGCAACUACUCCAGCAGCUUCCGCUGGUGGGACUACGUUCUGGACACUGAGUACACCCCUGAUGCUCUCAAGCGACGGAGGGAGACCCAGGCGUCGUCAAAGAAGGCUCAAUGAGCCGGCUUGGACACCCCUUCAUCUCGGAGAAAGUCGACCUGUCAGAUGAAUUGCCAGUAGUUCGCUGAGGAGGGUACCUUUUCUAUUUUUUUUUCUCCCUCUUCCCUCUGGUCUGCCUUUUUCGUACCAUGAGAGUUUUGGGGGUGCGAUAUGAGAUCUCGCCUGGUAACAACCUGUCCACUUGUUGGACGUAUCCGGCGAUGGUAUGACGCGAUACUACUCGCGCAUCGUCGGGCAGCCCCUAGUUACCAAAGCGUAUUCGUAUAGCAUGACUUCGUGCGAUGCGGCUCCGCAACCCCCUGUAAUGUUCUAAUGUAUCUACUUAAUUUUGUGAUGAAUUCCUGGUGUCCGAAUCUGGAACCAUAUGUCUAGAUCCUAGAAAUUCUGACGUGCAUAAUCUCAAGUCUCAAUUCCGUACCUUUUAUAGGGAACACUUUGUAUAGCUAAUAGCAUUUGCGAAUGUAA